AUGUCCUGGCGCGGCACAUCGACCAUCUCGCCCGAAAUCAUUCAAAUUAGCGUAGGACCCGACGGUGACCUGCCCUCCACGUCGUGCGAUCCCAACCUCGACCUCACCGAGGUCGCCAACUAUCGCCCCCGCAGCGUCUGGCCGCCCGAACUGCCCACCGUGCGUCGUCGCCAACUCACAGAACUUGAUCGUCUGGGUGUACAGACCGACCUUGUGUCCUACCGUCUCGGAGCCGAAACGCGCAUAGUAUGCUUCAAGUACUACUGUACCAACAGGAACUACGCCGUGAUCUGGCACGAGGCCAACUGUCUCGCCAACAUGCCCAAACAUCCCAACAUCGUCCACUUCGACAGCCUCGUCGUCGAUCACGUAGAGGGUGGGGAGGAUGUAGUGGUUGGCUUCACCACCAAGUUCAUUCCGGGAGACACCGUCAUAGACAACGUAAGCCGGGUCUUCAAGCUCAAGUACCUCAGGCAACUGAUAACGGCCGUCGACUUCCUCAAUCUGCGACUGGGCAUCGCCCACGGCGACAUCGUUCCCUGGAAUCUCCUGAUCGACGAAGAGACCGACAACGUCGUGCUGUUUGAUUUCAACCUUGGUGCCAAGCUCGGGUGGGAAGGCGAUCCGAGCUUCAGGAACACCUUCAACUACGAAGAGCCACGCAACGACGUCAAGCUCACCGUGUUCACCAUGUACGAGAUCAUCACGCGCGACCUGCAAUUCCGCGGGGAGCUGUACGGGCACCCCCACGAGAUCACCAUCCUGGACGUGAUGGGGCUGGAGGAAAGCGAAGAAGAGUGGUCGAAGCACGAAGACGUGCGGUUGGAUGCCUCCAUCGCAGAGUACCGCGCCGUACUCCACGAGUGGCUGGUCCGGAGGUUAACGAGCGACGACAAGGAGAUCACCCACUACACACAGGCACCGGACCACAUCGACUGGCCGGAUGCGCCGCCACUGCCCGAGAUGGAUUUCGACGGAAUGUCGGAGCGAGCGCCCUUGAUCUUGAGGCAGAUGCUGGUGAGGAAGGGGGAGAACUUCCUACGGUGGCAACGGCCUAGCAGCCAUCAGCUCCCGCUUCCUGCUGGGAAACGACUGCUUGCCACGGGAGAGGUCGUGGAUGAUGAUGAUGAACAGGCCGCAACGUAA